AUGAAGAAGGAAACUAGGGCCUCGAGCGCCGCCAUGGAGUCGCUCUCGCAGCAGCUGGAACGCUUCUCCGAGGUGCUGGCCGCCUCCCGUACCCCCCACGUCCGCAGCUGGAGCCCCGCGACCGUGCGCCGGGCCCUGCAGUGGGCCCGCUACAUGCGCCACGUCUACAGGCGCUUCGGCCAUCACGCCGGCAUCCGCCUGGCCCUGGACCGGCGGCUGCGGGACCAGUGGAGGCGGGAGGACGGCGCUGCGCCCGCCACCUACUCGGGGCUGACGAGCUUCCGGGCUUUGGGGCGCUGCGACCUCCUGCUGGCUCAGCGCCUCCUGGGGAACCGGGCCCUCGGGGAUGCCGCCUUUCGCUGCCUGCUGGGGCAGCUCUGCCCCGGGCCCGGCGCCCGGGACGCCGAGGAGGAAACGCUCAAAGACCGCCUGGCCCUGCUCGCCCGCCGCCGGGCCGCCGUGCACCUGCUGCGCGCGGGCGGUUUGGGGGAGAGCCCGGCCGCCCACGAGGACCCCCUCACUCAGACUCAGGCCGAGCUGCUACUGCAGCGCCUGCGGGAGGUGGGCCAGGCCGCCGCCGAGGGCCCCCGCAGCCUGCUCUGCGGCCUGUGGGAGCGCUUGCCCCAGAACAGCUUCCUGGGGGUGAUCGCGGCCGCGCUGUUGCUGCCUUCGUCGCCCCCUGAGCCCCCCCAAAAGGAGUUGGAACUGGACAGCCCCAAAACUCCGGGCGAGGGGCGUCACGAGCUGGUUCAGUGGCUUCUGGGGAAGUCGGACACCAUGGCUGCUUUUUGCCACAGCCUCCCAGCCGGGCUUUUAGCGUCGGUGGUGGGUCUCCAUCCAGAGCUCUUCCCGGCCUACCUAGCCCUGCUGACGGACUGGGGUCGACAGUUGAGCUACGAUCUUCAGAAGGGCAUUUGGGUGGGAGCUGAGGCCCGAGAUGAGCCCUGGGAGGAGUUGUUGAGCAGGUUUCAAAGCCUCUGCCAAGCCCCUUCGCCUCUGAAAGAUGAAGUCCUGCGUGCCCUGGAGACUUGCAAGGCUCAGGAUGGAGGUUUCGAAGUCCCUGGCCUUAGCAUCUGGACAGAUCUGUUGUUGGCUCUUGGGAGUGGUGUGUGA